UGGGCUGAUGUGCCUGAUGUUCUGUCAUGGCGAAUUUGGAAGGCCAGGAUCGCUCUUGGUCUCGUAAUUUUCCGCCCGAAUCAAUAGCUCAGGACUCUGGAGCUAUGGACACAGACGCCUUCGGCGCCCCGGACAACGCGCCGUUCACUCUGGACGAGCUGAACGGACUUGACGACAUUAUUUCUGGCUGCGAAGAAGAAUUAUUUUCGAGCGACCUGUUGAUGGCGGAUGACACAGACUUCGGACUUCUCAGUUCAUUGAAUGCGGACGCGAUGACCACCCCUGUGAAGGAUGAGCUGAAAGCAAAUGAUCUUGAAAUCAAGAAAGAGGUUGUCACUCCACCUCUUUUUACAAACUCCAACAGUAACUCGCCUCAGCUGAGAGCACAGCAGCAACGUUUAAUGCCAAGGCCUGCUGUUGUUCAACAAUCAGUGCAGGCUUCGAACACUGCCACAGUGCUGCUGCAGCCAAUGGGCAUGGCCCAGCAAAUCUACCAGACCAACCCUCAGCAGAUUCUUCAGGGUGGCGCUGCAAAGCAACAACCUCUCCUCCUGCAAAUGCCUCAGGAAAAAAUGCAGCAGGUUUUGGUCCAAGCGCAAUUCAUUAAGUCCGAACCACACUGUUCCCCACCCCAUCAAAUCGGAGCAGGGCAGGUCAUGUAUGCAACAACCGGCACACCUGUGUCGGUGGCCAGCAGCAGGAGUGGGCAGCAGUCGCACCCUUUGAGAACCAUUGUCAGCUCCAACACAGGCACUUUCGUUACUACAGGAAUUUUAUUGGAUAGUGACCAAAAGAUGCCUAUAAAUAGAAUCAAUGUCACUCACAAAGAAGUGCCGAAGGUGAAGGAAGUAAAAAGAAGUGCACACAAUGCCAUCGAACGAAGAUAUCGAACGAGCAUCAAUGAUAAAAUUAUUGAGCUGAAAAACAUGGUUGUUGGAACGGAAGCCAAACUGAAUAAAAGUGCAAUCUUGCGAAAAGCUAUUGAUUACAUCAGAUACCUGCAAAAUACAAACAACAAACUCAAGCAGGAAAACAUUGCCCUGCGUUUGGCUUCUGGACAACAAUUGGGAGCGACCAACAUCAAGGACCUUCUGACUGUGUCCCCAGAAAUGACCCCUCCACAGAGUUCACCUUCUUUGUCACCACCUCACUCUGAUGACACUGGCUCACCUCCUGGGUCUCCCGACUCUUUCACCACUCAUAUGGAAGGAGACCAGGACUCCAACUCUGGUCUUGGCAUGCGACGAGGCAUGUUGGACCACUCGAAACUGGCCUUGUGCAUGUUCAUGAUGUCAGUUGUUGCUUUCAACCCCAUGGGCGCUCUGUUCAACGUUAUGGAAGAGUCGCCCGACUACAGCACAAGUCAAAAAGGCAGAACGGUUCUGGGAGUUGAAAGUGAGCAGUUUUUCCAUAAAAAGAUAAUAAUUUUGAAUCUACAUUUAUUUGUUAAUUUAGGCGAUGGAAUUAGUUUGUGGAAGUGGAUAACGUCCUCGGUCUUGGUGUUCAUUUUCAACGCGGUCAUACUUGGAAUUUGUAUGGUAAAGAUGCUCAUGUUCGGAGACCCGAUCAUUCCUUCAAAGUCGAAAGCCUCUGUUGAAUUCUGGAGACACAAGAACCAGGCUGAAUUCAACCUGAAGAAGGGGGAUCUAAGUGCUGCAAAUCAAGAAUAUCGUCGGUGUCUGCAAGCAGUGGGGAAACCUCUGCCAGCCUCAAAACUGGAAACAGCCUCAGCCUUUUGCUGGCAGUCUGUCCGACAGUUGUUGCACCGUCUUUGGGUUGGACGUUGGCUGGCCCGAAAAGCUGGACUGGAGGCAGCAGCGUGCGCCAAAGAACUGGCUGUCGUUUACCACAGACUCCAUCAAAUUGCUCUCGUUCAGGGAUCGCCUGAGGGGCGCUCGUCAGCCUUAAUUUUGGCCCUGAGUGCUGUGAACAUGGCUGAGGCUUCAGGAGAUUCAAUGCCACCUGAGCAACUUGCCCUGAUUUACGUUGGUGCCGCCUUGAGAGUGAAGGAAAGCUUGCCUACAGCCCUUCAGCCAUGUAAUCGGUACUAUUUGGGUCUGGCACGCCAAGUGUGCAUGAAGCACUGCAGCCAAGUUCCGCUCCGCUUGCAAUGGCUUUUCACAGCUCACGGCCACCGUUUCUUUGUCUCCCGCUCUUGGAGUUAUUCGACGAUGGCAGCCACAUUGUUCAGCGGACUUGAAGACAAUGCUGAUCCUCUGGCUUACGCUAUCAGAAUGUACCGCAAGCAGCUGCUUGAGAAGGCAAUGAACACUCUUCUAGCUCCGGGAACUCAUCGUGUUGCCAAUGAAGAGGAAAUUCGCCGAACUCAGACGUCUGACACUUUGACCUAUGUGCACCUGCUUGUGGAAAGUGGAAACGAAGACGAGAUUUCUCAGUGGUGGGGCUCCAUUCUUGGCGUCGCCACUUACUGGCUGCUCGGAGAAGAGUCCAGAGCUGAGCACCUUUACUCUCGAAUCGAAGCCAUUCCUGAGCAACUGAAGAACAACAGCAACCCAUUGCCUAAAGCAAUUUUGGCAGCUUUCAGAGCAAGACGAGCCCUUUUAUCAAGAAAAUCAUCUAAGAAGGCAAUCUUGCGCAUGUGUGGAGUUGCAGGCAGACUUGUCGACCACAGCAUCACAUUUUCUUCGUGCAAGCAGCCUUCAACCAUGACUCUGCUGGCUCAACUCUUGGUUUGCGAUUGGCUUUUGGAAACGCGCACAUGCGUUUGGGAAACGGAUUCUGAUAGCGAAAAGUCAAACGAUGGCACAAUGACGCCGGUUUCCCAAUCUGAGCUCUCUGGAUUCCAGCAGGACCUGGCCUCCUUGAGGAGACUGUCUCAAUUACUUCCAUCGGCCAUGCCAAGAGUUUUCUUGCAUGAGGCCGCCGCAAGACUAAUGGCCGGUGCCGCUCCAGGCAGGACGCAACAGUUGCUGGACAGGAGCCUGAGGCAAAGAUACAACAGGUCAUCAGUGAUUUGUGGAAAAGACAAAUCACACCAAGGAGUUGGAGGCGAGAGGGAGCACGCAAACGCCUUGUACUUGGCAUGCAGGCAUCUGCCUACCCCCCUUCUAUCAACUCCUGGCGAGCGUGCUGGAAUGCUGGCAGAGGCAGCGAAGACUCUUGAAAAAAUUGGCGACCGCAAGAAGUUGUUGGAAUGCUAUCAGCUGAUGAAAUCAAUUGGCAGCAGCUCCAACACAAAUUAAAAGACAUUCAUGCCUCAACUUGCACUUUUCACCGUUCAUUAGCCAUUUAAGUUAUUUUCAUAUUUUUUAGCUUUAGAAUUCAUUCUGUGCAAUUAUGUGUAUGACAGUUAAUUAAGAAGUGUCAUUAUUUCAUUAAGUAACUUUCUGGGAUGAUUUGAUCAAUUAGAAUGAUCUGCUAAGUGGGAACAUUCUAAACAGGUUUUUGCUUAAUAGAGAUAUGUUGUGAAACUCUGUAAUUGUAAUUUUAUUGUAAAAAGUAUAUUUACUUUGGUAAUAAAAAUAUGAUAUUAAUGAAA